GGGAGAAGCGGCGGGCAGGCUCUGGUGCUCCUGUACCCGGCCGUGGCAUUCCUACAUCUCAUGGUAUGUCCGUACACCAAGGUGGAGGAGAGCUUUAACCUGCAGGCCGCCCAUGACCUCUUGUAUCAUAAGCUGGACUUGGACAAGUACGAUCACCAUGAGUUCCCCGGGGUGGUCCCCCGGACGUUCCUCGGCCCCAUCUUCCUCACUCUUCUGUCCGGCCCGGCUGUACUGGCGGCCUCUGUGCUGGAGGUGUCCAAGUUCUAUUCCCAGCUGAUAGUUCGAGGAUCUUUAGGCUUGACUGUCAUUUUUGCACUAUGGCAGUUACAGAAAGAGAUAUGGAAACAGUUUGGAUCCACCGUCUCUACAUUGUUCUGCCUAAUAACAACAUCUCAAUUUCAUUUGAUGUUCUACUGUACUCGAACCCUUCCUAAUACAUUUGCACUUCCCAUCGUAUUGCUGGCUAUCAAAUACUGGAUGAAGCAGAAGCCUGGUCCAUUUAUUUGGCUUUCGGCAUUCGCCAUCAUUGUGUUCAGAUCUGAGCUGUGUAUAUUAAUGGGACUCAUGCUGUUAAUAUCUCUAAUGAAAAGAAGCAUUUCCAUUUUUACAGCUUUCUCUCAUGCAGUCCCAGCUGGAAUUGUCUGCUUAAGUCUAACCAUUGCUAUAGAUUCCAUAUUCUGGAAACGUGUUCUUUGGCCAGAGGGAGAAGUCUUGUGGUAUAAUACAUUUUUGAAUAAAAGUGCAAGUUGGGGAACUUCACCAUUUCUGUGGUAUUUUUAUUCAGUCAUACCGCGAGCAUUGGCAUUAAGCAUCUUCUUCCUGCCAUUUGGCCUUUUUGACAGGAGAAUGCGUCUCCUGAUUGCACCAGUUGUGGGUUUCAUAUUUUUGUACUCUUUCCUUCCCCACAAAGAACUACGGUUUAUCAUUUACACAUUUCCUGUUUUAAACAUUGUGGCUGCUAAAGGAUGUUCAUUUAUG